GUCAAAGUCAAUCUUGAAAGCUUUCAAAAUUAUUUUCUAAUUUUUGUUUUGAUUUACUUUUAUGUGAUUAAAUCGUAGUGUAAUUUAUUGCAUAAUUAAUUACGAGAUAUUAAUUAUGUGUUUACCAUUAAGAUCGUAGGAAACAUUCCAUGAUGACACAGCACACUGAUAUAUUGUAUAUGUCGGAAUAUAUCAAAAAUACAUUGUAUUUCGCUAUCACAAGGCCCGGAAAAGUUUUUAAAAGCACUUCGGAAACAUAUUUCUUGUGUAUAGAUAAUGAUCUAGUUUACGAAAACUAUUUCUCGGAUUUCGGACCAUUGAAUCUAGGUUGUAUUUACAAGUAUUGCAAAUUAUUGAAUGAGAAACUAGAAAAAUGUAGGGAAAGUCAGUUCGUUGUUCAUUACACUUCCUGUGAUCCUAAGAAAAGUACGAAUGCUGCUUUUUUGAUGGGUUGUUUUGGAGUUGUGUAUUUGAAUUUACGACCCAAAGAAGCGUUAAGACCGUUAUUGCUUCAAGGUUAUAGUUAUCGACCAUUUCAAGAUGCAACUCCUGGCGAUUCGGCGUAUACGAUAUCUCUAUUAGACUGCCUUCAAGCGAUUGAUAAAGCACGAGAGCUAGGAUUUUUCGAUUUUCGAGAUUUCAACUAUGAAGAUUACGUCGCAUUGGAUAAAAUAGAAGGCGGCGACCUCAAUUGGAUUAUACCCGGCAAAUUUCUCGCUUUCAUAGGACCUGUUGACACAAAGGCUCCUAUUUACCAUCGCCCUGAAGAAUAUAUCAGUUAUUUUAAAGAAAACAACGUUAAUGUGGUGAUUAGACUAAAUAAAAAAAUGUAUGAUGGGAAUAUAUUCAUUAGUGCUGGCAUACUUCAUUACGAUUUAUUUUUUCUCGACGGUUCUUGCCCACCGAAGAAUAUAUGUUUAAAAUUUCUCCGUAUUAGCGAAAGUAGCGUUGGUGCUAUUGCCGUUCAUUGCAAGGCAGGUUUAGGGCGCACUGGCUCUUUAAUCGGUUGUUACUUGAUCAAGCAUUAUCGAAUGACCUCUCACGAGGCUAUCGGCUGGAUGAGAAUAUGUAGACCUGGAUCAGUAAUUGGACAACAGCAGGAAUGGUUGGAAAAACUUGAGCCGUGGCUGAUAAAACAAGGGAAUUUGUAUAGGAAACGGGUGCACGGAGAUUUUGACAAGCUCCCCGAGCACAAGUAUGGCUUGUAUUCUAUUACCGAAAAGGCUAUCAAGUGCCGACCAGUUUUGUUUCAUAAAUCACCGUCUCCGCCGCCUCCAGUGCAAAGGCAAAACAGAGUUGAUGGUGCCUCACAUUCUAGACCACAAGCAUCAAAAAUUAUAAGAAAAGGAAAUGCAGUUACUGUUGCGCCUGUCGAAAAGGACCAAUGUAUUUGGCGAGUAAGAUCACCCUAUAAGAAUUUUGGCCAAAGGAACGCAAAUACAGAAGAACAGAGUGAUACUAAGUCUCGACGUACUUCUGGUUCCGGAGAACCUAGGCCUCGUUUGAUGUCGCAAGAUUGUCCUACGUCCCCACUCAUCAAAAGGACUGUUCCUACCAGUCAAGAUUUUAAUAAAGUGGCAAGUGGAUUUACAACUAUACCUACAUUUUGCACCACUCAGGGCCCUAUUGUUAAAACUAUUACCGAAGCUAAAGAGUUUCUUAUGCGUUCUAGUGCAUGUCGAGAAAAUUGUGGAUUCAUCCCUACUCAUGAGCCAUUACGAGAUCCUUAUAAAAGAAGAAAUGAUCAAUGUGAUUACCUCGCUUACAGAAAUCCUAGUCGGAAUAUACCACCGUCGUAUACUAGCACAGUUGCAAGGGAUUCGCAAUCGCAGUACCGACGUCGUCUCGGCCGUAGUCCCAGUCCGAUUCCGCCGCGGUUAGCGCUAGAGCAGUCUCGCGCGACCAACACAUUGACCGUUAAAGAAGUUAAGAAGAUUUCCUCGAAGAUCGCAAUUCGUGACGCGUUAUCAAGACUUAAACUGACAGCUCCACGGUAUGGGUCGACGGGCGCGGGUUCCGUGGGCGCGGCGUCGUUAGGCGCGCGACGUGUCGCGCCCUCUGGAAAGCGCGCGCCUAGCGUGCGCUCCGAUGAACGUAAUACAGCUACACAAGGCGACGUACUCAACAGUAUCAAGUAUCAAAGAAAAAUGCUCGACACCAUUGUUAUGGAAAAAGCAAAUGCGACGUCACGAGAAAAUCAAGACAGAUUAAAAGAAAAGAACCCAAGGAUGGGGCCGAUGAGAAUCUUCAAUAGACCAAUAUCUCCGAAAACGAGACACAACGUGCAUACACCGUUUUAUUGAAUGUUGUGAAUAUUAUGUUGUGAAAAUUACAAGUGGAGUUCACUAGAAAUGAAUAGACUUUCAUGUUUUUGUUAUACUUUAUUUACAAAUAUAUAACUUGUA